AUGAACGGUGGAGGGCUUUUCAACCAAACGGCCACUAACUCAGCGAGCACAUUUGGCCAGCCACAAACCCAGAACCAAACACCUUCGUUUGGUGGGUUUGGCACGUCGUCAACUACGUCCCAAGGCGGUCUUUUCGGACAGCAAAAGACGGGGGGUCUGUUUGGAUCAAACACCACUGCGCAGCCUGGCCAGGCACCAACCGCGACAUCUUCCUCAUCAGCCCCAUCUACCCCCUCAUUGUUUGGAUCCAAUCCCAGCAUCACCACCACCACCACUCAGCCUUCUUCUCUGUUCGGUAACAAGCCGGCGCCGACUGGUUCAAGCCUUUUCGCAGCACCUGCCCCUAGUCAGCCUUCUGGUGGUUUGUUUGGUGCUAAACCAGCUGCAACCGGUACUGGUCUUUUUGGAAACGCGUCUGCUUCUGCAGAUGCUAAGCCAGCUUCCACUGGAACGAACUUAUUCGGAACAGGUACCGCAGCACCAGGAACUACAACCUCGUCGACUGGUACCGGGUUGUUUGGAAACAAUACCGCACAGUCCAGCUCAACAGGAGGUCUGUUUGGAAAUAGUACUGCUAACACAAGUACAAUUGGAACCACAAGUUUGUUUGGAAAACCUGCAGCUGCAGGCACUUCCACUGGAACUGGCUUGUUCGGUUCCACGCCGUCAGCUAGUUCAGGCCUCUUAGGAGGUACGUCUGCACCCACAACGGGUACAGGUAUGUUUGGAAGCUCAACAAAUCAAACCGGCUCGCUAUUCGGAAAAGCGGCAGCUCCUACCACAGGCGGUGCAGCCCCUACAACUGGUGUUAGCAUCUUUGGAUCCAGUAUCCAGUCCACCCCUAUGAAUGGUUUGGGGAACGCUUCUGCUUCAACAUCUACCACACAGCCCGUCGCAGGAUUGUUUGGCUCAUCUAGCAAUGGCGCUGCUGGGCGCCUUUUCGCUACAAUUGAGCAGCCCUCGUAUACUUUGCCCGGAUCCCAGAGCAACGGAUCUCCUAAAUUGUACAAGUCUUUAACCGCAGGGAUGGCUCAAACAGCUAAAGAGAAUGGCAGAUCUGCUCCAGCUGUUAAAUUGGCUGUGGCAUCUGCCCCGUCCGUUUCGACCACUGAAAAAUCGUCUUUGCCAAUCAAGAGAUCUUCAGAGCAUCAGCAGGACACUCGCAAGCUCUUGAACUCGUAUGAGAAAUAUAUCAAGGAUCGCCCGACAAAUCUGAUAAUUCGUCGAGCCAAGCGACCCGCCUUAGCCAUCUCUGCCCCAGCGUCUAAACUGGCCAUUGAGAACGGUUCCGCACAACAAACAAUGGAAAACUCUGUUAAUGGCACGCUUGAAACCACAGUGGCCCAGUCACUUGCAGACUCGACACUCCCUUCGGCGGAUAUAUCGUUAUUCCACAAACAGGCGCAGACCGUGACCCUUGUUCGCGUCAACAAAGCCGCUUUGGAGCAAGGCUACUUCAUUCGGCCAGGCCUUGACGAGCUCGCCUCUUACUCCAAGGAGCAGCUCAAGGCAGUUCCUAAUCUUGUUAUUGGCCGCGACAAUUUUGGCCAACUGUUGUAUUCUGACCCAAUUGAUCUGUCCGGGAUCGAGAAUCUAGGUGAUAUCUUGGGCAAGCUGGUUGUAUUUGACGAAGGCACUGUUUGCGUUUAUCCUGACGAUCGCAAAAAGGUUGAACGUGGCAAGGAACUCAAUGUGCCCUGUACUGUUACCAUCGAAAACGCGUUCCCGCGUGAUACGCAAGGGAAGCUCAUUCUGUCAAUGGCCGACCCCCGAAUGGCUAAGCAUGUUGCCAAGCUCAGAAAAGCUAAUGAGUCUCGUGGUGCUGAGUUCAUCACAUUUUCUCAUGGCGUUUGGGUGUUCAAAGUUCCUCACUUUAGCAUGUGGGGGUUGCCUGUUGAUGAAAUGGUCGUAGACGACGACUACGCCGACGAAAAUUCAGCCGACGAACACGAACAGUUAUCAGUGGAGAUCAAUGGUGUUUCACGUCCUACUGAAUCUGUUGCUGUAAAGUUUGAAUCGGUUCAACCUUCGGUUCGUUCCAAUCCUGUUAUUCCUACAGUUGCCCAAGAACCCCUCACAUCUGUUGGUUUUUUUCCCCGAACAUCUACUCCGGAUUUUGUUGCGGACGAAAUGCAGAUAGUGACAGAUUCCCAACCUUCCAAGCCUCGAACUUGGGUUGAUGUCUUGGCAAACUCUUAUUUGUUGGAGGCUUCUGAAGGCGCUGUUGCUGAGGCAUCCGCCGUGGACGGAUCACUUACUGCGAAUGAUUUAAACAGGAUCCUGUAUGGUGCCAAGGAUGAUAGAGUUUCGGCCUACGAGAAACUGAGACGCCCACCAACGUUGUUCACCUCCAACUCUAUGCUAAAAAAGGCACCAACCAUAAGUGGUGUUGGAAAAGUCAUGGUUAAAGAUGCAACGUCCUUAGACACCGGUAUCCUCAAAUCUUUUGUGACCAAGGCUGGAAGAUCCGCGGCAGCUGGCGGUCUCAUGCGACUUGCUACAAAUGUGACAUUUGCUGAUCUACAAAUCAUUUUCCCACAUCCUCUUUGGCCUGUCUGUUCGGUUAUUUUUGACGGCUCCUCUGGAGUUACUCGGCGGGAGCGAUUGUCGGCUUGGCUCGUUGAGCAAACAUCUAAAGCUGUCAAUAGAGACCUUUCUGCGGCUGAAGAUGAUUUCGACGCAAUCUGGAUAUUAAUCUGUGGUUAUCGUCUUGAAGAUGCGGCGGUUCGUGCAAUUUCUUCUGGCAACCCUCAUUUGGCUACACUGAUCUCUCAACUGGGAUCCCCGGCCGCCCGGGCUGCAGCUCAAGCCCAGCUCAAGGAAUGGAGAAGCUCAGAUGCUAUUUUCUUUAUUCCCUCAAAGGUAAGGGCGAUCUACGAGCUUGCAUCAGGAAAUGUUGGACUAGUUCCAGCAUACUCUGCCAAUGGCCAGCGAGUAGCCGAACUGGAUCUCACUGAAGGCUUGGACUGGAAAAACGUCCUGGGCCUAAAGCUCUGGUAUGGGAUGCCAGAGGUUGAAAUUGAUAAUAUUAUUGCGACUUUGCCCGAUAGCGAUGACUCUGAAUUUGUGUUCUUGCGACUGGUUUGCCAGCCGUCGGUUCUAAAUCAAAUCGACACUCUUGUAGGCUUGCCCACUGCCUUCUUGGCUCUCCAAGCUUUGAAAAAUAUUCCUCGUGAAUCGCACACCAUCGACAAUAUUUGCGUCCAGCUAAGCUACGAGCUACUUGAAUCAUCACAGCUGACCAGUGCGGUGUUUGUGGCUCUUCACAUCGUGGACGACAGGCUGGCUUUGAUUGUUGUCAAGGACAUUCUUAUGCGCUCACCAUGGUCUCUAUCAAGCUCUUUUGCUGCCGAAUUGGAUCUCCCUAAGCAGUUGGUGUUGGAAUCGCAGGCACUGUAUGCACACUACGCGCAGAAUUAUAUUAAAGAGUCUGAGCUGUUGAUUGAAGCCGAACUGUUUGACGAUGCCCACAAAGUGCUAAUCACCCUGGUUGCUCCACAGGCUGUUAUUCGGAACGACUACCACACGGUUGAACAGCUGUUACAGCGUAUCCCUCCAACCGUCAAUGGAUGGAAGCUGGGCGGCAAGGUAUAUCUUGAUUACUCCAAAUUCAUCAACAAGCCCACCUCAGAGCUUGCUUUGACAUUGUGCUCUGCGCUGCAAACAAUUGCAACGUUUAACGUCGAGCAUAAAGCUGCAGUCGCCAUAAUGGCAGGCCAAGUCGCGUCGCAAGGCAGAAUGAGUUUAAUGACCCCCCAGAUAUUGAAAAUGAAGCUGGGCUCGAGCCAAUACCGGCUACAAGCUAUGCAGCAGGCUGCAGUAGACCUUAUUCAAAUGUAG